GACCCAGUGUCUGGGAGAUGAGCAGCAGAGACUCAGUGUCCAGAAGCUCAUCAGUGGGUACUCAGUGUUCGCAAGCUCACUGGUAGGGACUCAGUGUCUGGGAGAUCAUCAGAGGGGGCCCAGGGUCUGAGAGCACAUCACCGGUGACCCGGGCAUCCAGGAGCUCAUCACUGGUGACACAGGCAUCGGGAACUCAUCGCAGGGGACCCAGCGUCCAGGAGCUCACCAGUGGGGACCUAGGCAUCCCCCCGAAGUGUCUGUCAUGGCCCUCAAGCAGCCAAAUGCGGAGGCCUUCUGCCAGCGGGCACCCAUCUUCCUUGACUACCUGCACAGCAUCCUGCAGAAGUACCCCAACGGGGGGCAGAUCCUCAAGGAGCUGGUGCAGAAUGCAGAUGACGCCGGCGCUAACAAGGUCGUGUUUGUGUCUGACGAGCGGGAGUUUGACAUCACCAGAGGAGGACUGGAGGGCACUCAGGGCCCAGCUCUCCUGGCCUACAAUGAUGCCGUGAUGUCCCCCCGAGACUGGACAGGGCUCAUGCGCCCAGGGGUGUCACACAAGCGGAAGGAUCCCAGCACUGUGGGGCGCUUCGGACUGGGCUUCACCUCCGUCUACCACCUCACCGACUUGCCAGGUGUGCUGAGCCCUCCAUCCUUGGGGUUACUGGAUCCCGAAUGCCAGGUCCUGCCAGGUGCUGGUGCUCGCUGGGACGUCUCUGCAGCCCAAGACCUUCCUGGCCUUUUCGAGCCCUUCUGGGCAGGGCUGGAAGCUGUAGGACAGCACCGUGGCUCUGCCCAUGGCACCCUCUUCCGCUUUCCCCUCCGCCGGCAGCCCUCUGGAAUUGCUGCAGGGGUUUCUGAUACUGAGCACAUCCGAAGCCUCCUCCAAACCUUCCUUGCUGAGGCCCCCCUUGCCCUUCUCUUCCUCCGCCAUGUCCGCCGCGUGACCCUGCACUGUGUGGCCCCUGAUGGGAUCCAGACACUCAUGGGGACCCUUGUGGCAUCUCCUCGGCCUCUCCCGGUCCCAGGACCAUCAGGGGAUGAGGGACUGAGUCUGUCGUGGUGCCUGUUGUCCCUGCAUGGGGAUGGGGUGGAGGACAGGAGCGAGUGGCUGGUGGCCACGGGCAGGGCCACGGAGGGGCCAGCCAUGGAGCUGGGCAGAAGGCUGGGGUGCCGUCCUGAGCUGAGCCUGGCGCACCCCCUCCGUGGGCUCUGCCAAGGGCGGCUGUGCUGCUUCCUACCCCUGCCAGCCACAGAUGAGACAGCCACAGGGCUCCCUGUCCAUGCCAGUGCCCCCUUUGCGCUCUCUGACGACCGCCGCCACCUCCGCUGGCCCGAGAAGGGUGAGGAGGGUGAGCAAGAUGCCCGCUGGAAUGCCCUGCUGCUCCUUGGCCUCCUGCCACGGGUCUACAGCCACAUGGCCACCACGGCCAUGGCUCUGCCUGGUGCAGACGCCUACAGAAUCUGGCCAGACCCUGAGCGCACACCGAGCUGCGGCCGCAUCCACUCUUUGGUGACCCGUGUCUGCCAGGAGCUGGCAGCUGCCCACACCCUGGUGCCUGCCAAGGAGGGCGCCUUGGGGCGGCUGCGGGCAGCUGAUGCCGUGCUGUUGCCGGAGACGGCGGGGGACAUGGCCAUGCGGCGAGUGGUCCGGACUUUGCUGGUGGCAGCCGGGGAGCCAGUGGCCGAGGUCCCAACCCAUGUCCAGAAGGCACUGGCUUUGGGGAUGGCAGAGGGUGUGCGGGAGGCCACGGCGGGCCACGUACGGGAGGUGCUGCGGCGCCAUGAGGCUAUAGGACUCCCGGCUGCCGAGCGGCUCACCCUACUGCACUACGUGGCCAGGGAUGGGAGACAUGCUGAGCUAUGGGGUCUCCCCCUCCUGCCUCGCGCUGAUGGGACUUUUGUGGCCUUUGGGACUGCAUCAGCCAUGGUCUACGUGGACACGGCCGACUGCCCCAGGGAGCUCCUGCCUGGUUUGGCUGGGUCCUUCCUGCCCUCAGACCUGGAUCCAGGCUUGGACAGCCUCCUGCGAGACAUUGCCAAAGCGGGUCUCUUCCCCAACCUGGUUCUGCUGGACCCAACUGUGACCAUCCAGAUGCUAUGCUUGGCUCUACCCUGCACCUGGAUUUCCAAGUCUUCAACCCCAGUGACUUGGUGCCCAGCCCAAGGACCUCCUCAGCCUCCAGGCUCCUGGUUACCAGCCCUGUGGAAAUUCCUGGAACACCAUGUAGAAGACUUGAGUCCUCUGCAAGGGCUCCCUCUCAUCCCGCUGUCCCCACUGGAUGGCCCCAGUAUCCGUCUUGCUCCGCUGAUACACCAGUCAAGUCUUAUCUUCCAGGUGUGGGAAGAUCAGUGCCUUCCACCUGCUGUGGCUUCUGUCCUGGAGGUCCUGGGUUGUGCAGUGGUACCACCAGGCGUGUGGCACCGCUCCCUGUCCCACUACAUCCUGCCUCCAUCCCCACUCAAUGCCCUGCGUGCCCUGGGCAGGCAAGGACCUGCAGUUGUGGCCUCCCGCCUGGCCUCACUGCCUGCUGCGGAUGUGGUCACUCUCCGACUCUACCUGGCAGACGUCCCAUCCCUGACAAAGGAAGACAAGGACACACUGGCUGCUCUGCCCCUCUUUGUCCAACUGCCCUGCUUGGCCACCCCACAGCCCACGGAGCUGGUACCGGCCGGUGCCAUGCCAGCACUGGAGCCAGAGCUGGAGGUGCCCCAAGAUGUGGUGCUCCCAGAGGCCGUGUUGCAGUGCAGGGAUGAAGUUGACCGGCGGCUCCUGGGGAGGCUCCAGAGGUCCUUCGUCAGUGCAGCCCACGUGGCACUGAAGGCCAUCAAAGCUGUGGACCACGGUGCCUAUGCAGGGCGGGUGGCUGAGAGACAGGCUCUGCUGCUUUGGGUGCUGCAGCACGGAGACCUCCUCUUUGCACAGAACCCCCAGCUCCAGCAGGCAUGCAGCAGACUGGCCUUCCUGGAGACCUCUAAAGGCCCAGCACGCCCACGAGAUCUUUAUGACCCCCGAGAGAACUCCUUGCAGGCACUGCUGGGCCCUGAGCGCUUUCCUCCUGCUGCGUUUUGCACGUCGCCUGUCCUCCGUGCCUUGAGAACCCUCGGCUUGCGGCACGGCAAGGGGUGCCUGGUGCCUUCAGACAUCCUAGAGGCUGCAGCAAGUGUGCGUCGGGGUGAUGCAGUGGCUCUGGGCAGGGCUGAGGCACUGAUUGAGGUCUGCAACCACCCUAAGGCACUGGAUGAUUUCACUGCUGCAGAGCUCAGGCAGCUCCAGGAGCUGCCAUGGGUGCCUCGCUCCAAGUGCACUGGAAAGCCUGGACAGCCCUUCCUGCCCCCCAGGGAGCUACGAUCUACCAAGUACCAGCCCGUGGUGGGACUCGCUAUGCACCUGACUGACACCUUUGCUCCAGAGGCAGAGAAGAAGCUCGGGCUGAGCCAGACCCCACCACCAGAGAGAGUGUGGGAGCAGCUGAGAAAGCUGGCAACGUGCAGAGACUUGGCCAAGGUAGGUCUUGCACUCCGACCUGUCUACCAGCACAUGCAAGAAAACUUGAAGACCUUUAGGGCUGCCCCAGAUGAUGCUGUGGUGUGGACCGGGGCUGGGUUUGUCCUGCCACGUGAUGCUGUGUUGUACUACCCAGAGAAGGUGGAGUUGGGGGCACUGGUGCCCCGGGUGCCCGAUGACUUCUUGUCCUACAGCUGCCUCUUCAGGGCUUGGGGUGUGGAGGCAAGGGUGAGCGAGGAGAGGGUGGUUGCAGCCCUGCGCUGCCUGGGCCAGGACAUAGACAGACGCAGCUCCAGAGCCGGCACUGAAGCAGAGUUGCAGGUGGUUGUAGCUGUCCUGGAGUGGCUUAAGAGCCGAGGGCACCAUGGCGAGGGCACAGUGCCCAUUCCUGUGAGGAUCCUGGAGAGUUUUGGCUUUGCCCUCCGUUCAGCUGCCUCUACUGUGUACCUGGACAUGGAACUGGAGGCAGAAGAGGAUGUUGAGGAGGUGGUGCACAAGGCAGUGCCACCCAGCAUAGCCACAUUCCUCGGCACGGAACUGCUCAGUACGCGGGUGCUGGGGCCAGAGCCAUUCGCAGCCUGUGGCCCCUCAGAGCCCAUCACCUUGCGGCUUCGCAACAUCCUCCGGGAGUACGGCGAGGAGAGUGACCUCUUUACGGAGAUGGUCCAGAACGCAGAGGAUGCUGGAGCUACCAUAUGCCGCUUCCUCCUGGACCUCCGGCUCUGCAAAAAGCCCACCUCUGGGCUGCUGGACCCUGCCAUGGCUGCCUGCCAUGGCCCAGCCCUCUGGGCCUACAACAAUGCCCUAUUCACUGAGGAUGACCUCCGUAACAUCACACGGAUUGGGGCUGCUACAAAGGAGGGCAAGGCAGACAAGAUCGGACGCUUUGGGCUGGGCUUCAGCUCUGUCUACCGUGUCACAGAUGUGCCAGCAGUGCUGAGUGGGGAGACACUACUCAUCUUUGAUCCCAAUGGCACCCAUCUGGGCAAGCACAUCCCCAAAGGCGGCUGCCCUGGCAUCCGCCUGGACUUCUCCAGACGACCACGCAUCCUCCGUGCCUUUGCUGAGCAAUUCUGGCCUUACCACGGUAUCUUUGGGUGCCGCCUGCCUGAGCCAGGACCUUUUCCAGGGAGCCUUUUCCGCCUGCCUUUUCGCACUGAAGAGGAAGCUGUGACAUCUCAGAUUUGCUCGGAGGCCUUUGGUACAGAGCGCAUCCAGUCCCUUGGCACCAGCUUCCUUGGCUCUAACCGGCUCCUGCUGCUCUUCCUGCGGAAAGUGAGGGAAGUGUCCUUGGAGACGCUGCCAGAAGUAGCCACCUCUGCAAAGGAUACCACACCUCUGGCUAUACUGCGGCGAAAGGAGAUCCGAGACUUGGGGGUGCCUGGGGACCCCCCAAGCUGGGCAGCCAUCGAGCAGCUCACAGCCUGUGAGGAGGCAUCCAAGACCACACUGCACUAUCUAGUUUUAGUGUGUCUGGGUGACGGGGAGUCGCUGGAAUUGUUUCACCAAAACUCACAGGCAGGGCUCCAUCCUCUGCCUCCAGUGGCUGGUGUGGCCCUUCCUCUUUCCCUCACUGCAGAUGGCAAGUGGGUGCCACGCCUGGAUGCUGAGGAGGGGAAAGUCUUCUGCCACCUUCCCAUGCCAAUUGCCUCAGGGCUGCCAAUCCACGUGCACGGAGCCUUCAGCAUCCUCUCAAAUCGUAAGGGGCUGUGGGACACGGCAGAGCGGGGUAAGUGGAACCGGGUGCUACUCCGCAGUGCUGUGCCAGCUGCCUGGCUCCGGGCGUUGGACCAUCUCUGUACCAUGCAUGAGGCGGGUGAGUUGAAGAGCUAUGAAUAUCAUGACUUCUGGCCAGACACUAGCACUGCCCGUUACCCCUUUACAGAAGCUGUCACUGGUUUCUACGAGGCUGUGUCAGGCAAGAAUGGCCCCAGGCUCUUUUCUGAUGGUCGCUCAUGGUGCUCACUGCAGGAUGCCCGCUUCCUGCACCAAGCAGUGGUCAGACACCCCGAGCUGGGUGCUGUAGCAAAGCGCGUCUUUGCCACCACUCUGCCCCAUCCUCUGUUAGCUGUGGCCUUGCCAGAGAAGGUGCAGAAGGGCCUCAGGAAGGCAGCGAAUGCUGGCACCUAUGACUGGCCCCGCUUUUACUGUGAACUCGUACUUCCCAACUUGGAAAAUCUCUCUGUUGUUGACCGAGACCCUCUAAUUCUCCAUGCUCUGGAUAUGUCCCAUGAAGAUGUGGACAAAAUGCUGCGGACAGUGCCCUGCAUUCCAGCCACGCCUCAUGGCCGCCUGCAGCUCAUCAGUCGUCUGGUGCAUCCCAGAGGCCGUGCUGCCUCUUUAUAUGACCCUGAGGAUGGACGCUUCCCCACUGGGAAGGCCUUUCUUUCCCCAGAAAGAUUAAGCCAACUGGAGAGGCUGGGCAUGGUUAAGGACAAAACGACUCUGCCAGAGCUGCUGGAGGUGGCAAAGACAGUGGAGUUUGUGUGGACUAAGAACCGUGCCCAGGGCUGCCAGAGGGCUGCCUGCAUCCUUGAGCUGCUUCAGGAUGCAGUGGAGGAGAGGGUGAACAACACCAUGCAGGCAGCUUUCAGGACUGUGCCCUUCCUCCCUGGUACACUGCCCACUGGUGAACACGUGCUGUUGCCAGCAGCCCAGCUCUACCAUAACGUCCAUGCCCCAUUAGUGGGACUCAUCCAGCCUAUCUUGGCCCCUAAAAUGCUGAGAGAAGACUUCAGCCUCUCCAAUGAGGUUUCAUCUUUCUUGGGGCUGGACCAGCAGCCAUCAGUAGCUAUGGUCCUUAAGCAGCUGCAGGCACUGAGCUGUACCUCCAACGCUCUCCCUUUGGAGAACCUGCAGCACAGCACCCACUGCUGCUACAGGCACCUGCACACACUGCUCCAGAGAGAUCACUCCAUCCGCGGCGAGGUGGCUUCUGCAGUGGCCCAAGGGGAGCCCUUCAUUUUAGUGGGCUCCCGCUUUAUGCCAGUCACGGCUGUGGCUGAGACUCUAUCAUUUGAGGCUGUCCCAUAUCUUCACCAGCUCCCAGAGCAGUACCGGCCCUACAGUCAACUCUGGGAGUGUGUGGGGCUGCGCCACACAUUCACCUGGGAUGAUUAUGCCCAAGUGCUCCUCACCCUGGCAAAGAUGCAUGCUGGAAAGCCACUGCCUGCCGCAGAGCUGGCUCUGGCCUUGCGGCUGGUGUCUUGUGGCUUGAUGGCAGAUGACAAAAAGCCAGAUGCCUACCAGAGCCAGCAACUUUUUCUGCCUGACCAUGAGGGUGUUUUGCGUCCACGGGACAAGCUCCAUUUCAAUGAUACGCCAUGGAUGCCAGUGGACAGAGAUGUCCUGCUGUGCCAUGACCAAUUGUCUCGAGCCACAGCCCUGCACUGUGGGGUGCCUACCACACGCCACUGGGCACUAGAGAGGAGCCGACUGCACGCUGCAGAUCUCAGCCUCUGGGCACAGCCAUUUGGGGCCCGUGAAGAUUUGCCUACACGGCUGAAGAACAUCUUGGGUGAGUAUCGAGCAGCUGCUCAUGAUUUGGUGACAGAGUUGCUCCAGAAUGCAGACGAUGCUGGUGCGGGGUUUGUGCACUUUGUGUGGGACCGCCGGCAGCACCCAGUGGAUUCCACUUUCAGUGAGAACUGGAACUCCCUGCAAGGCCCUGCCCUCUGCAUCUACAACGACGCUCCCUUCCAGCAGCAGGACAUCGAAGGCAUUCAGCGUUUGGGAGUGGGUGGCAAGCAAGGCCGGCAGGAUGUCACAGGCAGAUACGGCCUUGGCUUCAACACUGUCUUCCACUUUACUGACUGCCCAGCCUUCCUUACUGGAGACAGUGCCCUGUGUGUCUUUGAUCCCCACCUCCACUACGUGCCAGGAGCCACAACUGAGACUCCUGGUGGGAUGUUCGCUGUCAACCCUGAAUUCAAGAAGACCUUUCCAGAUGUUUACGGCACCUUCCUACCCUCUCUCUUCAAUCUGAACCAGGGUGUCCUUUUCCGGCUGCCUCUCCGCACUGCAGCUGGGGCUGCCAUCUCCAAGGUGUCCGGCAUGGCUGUGCGGGAUGAAGACCUCAUGGAUAUGGAGGCAAUACUGUCUGAGGAAGGUGAGGACUUAGUGCUCUUCCUCCGGCAUCUCCGGGUCGUGGUCUUCUCUGAGAUUCCCCCAAAUGGGAAAGAAAUGUUGCAGAAGAUACGGAUUACCACAAAGAUGACAGAUGGUGAUGCAGAGCUGAGACAGAGUUUUCAAUCAAGGUUAAGUCAUGCUGUGGAUGGGAACAGCCCCACCUAUGUCUCCUAUAUGAUGACAGUCCAAACCAGCAAGGCCAAGGCCAAGGCCAAGGCCAGCACCGCGUGGAGAGUCAUCUCCCAGAUUGGGGUGUGGGAGGGGGCGGAGGAGUCUCCGGUGCUUGGGCAGAUGCCCUACGGGGCUGUGGCUGCCUGCCUGAAGCCAGCGGGCUUGGACAAAGUCAGAGGCAAAGCUUUCUGCACCCUCCCACUACCACUGAGCACAGGGCUGCCUGUGCACAUCAAUGCCAACUUCUCCGUGGAUGCGGCCAGACGCAGUGUCUGCUGGGACCCAGGUAGCACAGAGGCAGCCUGGAACGUCUUCUUGCUCAAGCACUUGGUGGCUCCACUAUACUGUGCCUUUCUCACCAAGCAGUGGAAAGCCCUGGGGUCUGAAAGGCUCCAGUUCAAUUCCCUGAGGGCCUGCCAGCAGCACCUGGCCUACAACUACCUCCGGUUCUUCCCUGAUGUGAAAAAAGUGCUACCUGACUUUAAGAAUCUGGUAAAGGACGUCUAUAGGCACCUCAGUCAUGCACGCCUGCCCCUGGUGCCUGUACACCACGUGAAUUCCCCUGACGGCACAGUGACGGUAACCUGGGCAUCUCCAGGUGGUGGGGAUGUGCUAACAGAGCCAUACUUCCUCAAGGUGGCACUUGACCCAGCUGUCCAGGAGGUGCUGCAGCACCUGAACAUGAACCUAGUGCCGGCAUUCACUGACAUGCAGUGGAUCUACGAGGCAUUUGUUGAAGCCAGUGUGGAGGCUGUCACCUUGCAGCCAGCCUCUCUCCGGUGCUUCCUUAAGGCCCUGCCGCUCCCUGUGCCCUGCACACUGUCUGAGACACCCCUAGGGACCCCGAAGAACUGCUCCAUCCUGCUAAGACAGUGCAUGGAGCCCACAGAUAGGAACCACGCAGAACUGGAAGGCCUCCCCUUGCUGGUCACACAAGAUGGCUGCCUGAAUACCCUCAGCAUCAACCACCCAGUCUUCGAGAACUCCUUUGCCCACCUCUUCCCUUACCAUCCCCACCGCUUUGCUGACAAGUUAAUUUCUAACUUGAGCCUGCCUCACUUUGUGAAGAAGCUUGGCUUCCAAGAAGCCGCACCACUCAUCCAGGAGGCACUGGAUCAGCUGAAACAGACCACAGAGCAGAAGAAGUGGCUCAAGGAGCUGUGGAAGUUCUUCAGCAGUGUGGUCUACACAGCCUUAAAGGACAAACAGGAGCUGGAGGCAGGUAUGAAUUCAUUCAUGGAUCAUUUCCAGAAUGCGCUGGUGCUGCCUGUUCAGAGACAUCAGGCAGGCUCAGAGGACCUCCUGCCGCUAUCCUCCCUCCCCAAAGUUCUUUUUCAGUUGGACACAGCCGUGUCCAAAGUGCUGCACAAGCUGGGCAUCCCGGUGCUCCAGCAGUCCCUGCUGCCUUUUGACUUUGCCUACCACUGCCUGAAGACAAGGACAUUGCAGACCACAGUGCCCAGGGCGGUGGUGGCCCAGCUGGCAGACACCACAGCAAAUCUCUGCUGGAAGGACUUAAACGAUGAUGAUGUCAAUGACCUGCUGCGCUUUGUGCAGGGAAACCUGGAUUCACAAGUACUGAAAAAGCUUCAGUUCCUGCCUCUCUUCCACAAGUAUGGUGGGGGCUACGUACCUGUGGCACCUUACCGCAAGGUGCUGUUGCUCGACAGCCAGUGCCCAAACCUGCCCCGGGCUGCCCAAGCCCUGUACAGCCUGAAGAAGGACACAUUGCUGCUCACGGCAAACAAGAUCCACAGGCAGCUGGCCUCGCAUUUUCAGUGGCAGCUCACAAAUGACAAGGAGCUCUUCAUGACCAUCGUGCUGCCCCAACUGUCCCAGCUCACAAUGCAAGAGCUUAUGAAUGCCGUGCACUUGUUCUUUGCCCUGAAACAGCAAAGAAUCUUUGACUUUGAGUCCAAAGAAAGGGUUGUGGCAGCUUUUAAGUCUGUGGCCUUUAUACCCGAUGCCCAUGGUGUUCUGUGCCUGCCCUCCUACUUCUACGACAACAUGGACUCCUUCCGUACUCUGCGGCUCCAAAACCGCUUUGUGCCUGAGUCUUUCUUGGUUAAGCUGGGUUGCAGCCGGUCAGAUGCUCAGAUCUUCCUGUUAAAGGUAGGUGUCCGCACCAGCCUCUCUUUGGAGGAUUUUGUGGCACUGGCCCUGGAGAUAGAGCAUGAAGCCAGUCAGGCAAGGCACCGCACUGAAGACCUGCUGGCGCGACAGAAGGAGAUGAUCAAGCAGCUUGGCACCUUGCUGAACGAUCCCUUGUCAGAGGAUUCAUUGAGACAAAUUGCCGCAAUCCGCUUUCUGCCUCCGCUAGAGAUUCCCACAGAUUUGAUGAACCUGCAUCCCCCUUUUGCAGCCUGCACUAAGCCUGUGGCCCUGAGGGGCAGCGUUUACCACCGCCAAGAUGUGGCUGAGCUCCUAUGGACUUCAGCUACCAUCCUGCCAAUGUCCUUAGUACUCCAGGAGAAACUCCAGGAGUCCAUGGGAGUCCUUGCAGAGAUACCCACUGCCCUGGUGCUGGCCAAUCUGGAGCAGGUAUGCAGGGCAGCCUGCCAGACACAACAGCAGGUGAACACAAGGACCAGGGUGCUCCAGAAGAUGUACAAUUUCUUGCAGACCCAUCUGAAGGAGGUGGAUGCAGGGCGCCUUGCUGAGCUGCCUGUGGUAUUGGCCAAGUCAGGAGACAUGGCUAUGCCACGGCAAGUAGUAAUGUCACUCCCAAACGAGGCUGACUUUUAUCCCUAUCUCUUCUCUCCUAACCCUUGCGUGGCUGCCUACGGAGACCUUCUGCAACACCUUGGGGUGGCCCUGCUCCCCACGCUGACUCACUACAGCCAUAUCCUGGCCCAAAUCCACAAGGAGAGCCUUGUCAGUAGAAUUCUCAAUGCUAACCAGAAGAAGACAGUCCUGCUGGCCACACAGCAAUUCUUCCGGCUGCUGCAGGAGCCACCGGAGCGCCUUGAUUUCUUCUCUGUGUCUGAGCUGUACCUGCUGAGCACUGCUGACCGCCUGGAGCCGUCCAACAGCCUGUACUUCAACGACUGCGUGUCCUCAAGUACCUCCAAGGCCUUGGAGAAGACCUUUGUGUUUAUGGCUGACCUGCCAGGGAUCAGGUGCAAUGCCUGGUGGCUGCUGCAAAUGCUCCCACAGCGCCUGCGGCCUCAGGCACUCUCAGAGAUCAUGGAGCAGAAGCUGGAGGAGGACAAUCUGCAGCCAUGUCGCUAUGGCUCUCACUGCCCUGUGCAGAGGCAUCUGCAGACCCUUCUGGUAUCCCCGUGGUUUAGGAUGGGGCUGGAGUCCCUGCUCCAGUGGCAGAGCCACAAGGCUGUGAUGAGAAUGGAGGGGAACGGUGGCAUUGCAGUGGAGCAGCUGAAAGUGCAGUGCUGUGAGGACAUCCGCACUGUGCUGGUCCACUGUGGUACAAAGGUGGAGGGCAGCUCCCAGUCACGGGCCGUCCAUGUAUCUCUGGCUGGUGGUGGCCAGCGGCUCCUCUACAUCCGGCACACAGAUAUGGUGCUGGACCGGCACCAGCUGAGGGUCCUGGAGACGCUGGUGCAGGAGAUCAAUACCAUCAUGGGUGGACAACUGGAAGCACCUGCCUUGUCAGUGCUGCGUGAAAUGCUUGUCUGCCAGGUGCCACGGGAAGUGGCCACUGUUCUGGAGGAGAAUGAUGUGGCACUGGUGGGUGGUGUACCAGAGCCAGAGGAGGUCAUGGCACCAAAGCUGGAGCCAAAGCUGAAGAUGAGGCUGCAGGAGGAGGCUGUGGCAGAGGGGAAGCCACAGAAGGACCAAUGCGGCCUCAUGUCAGAGGUGAAAGGCCAUGCAGAUCACAGCCUGACAGCCUCAUUGCGGUGGCUUGCUGUCAAGCAGCCAAAGGUGUUACGGGACCUCUACCCCCAGCACAACCCUGAGGGCACUGCCCAGCAGGACUUCUGGGGUCAGAAAGGCCAUGGCUCCUGGUUGUGCAAUGAGGAGGCCACAACUCCAAUUCCAUCCAUCCCAGAGGCCCAGCGUUGGCUGCGGCAGGCCAGGAGUGACCUACAGGCAGCCCUCAAUGACACCAGGCACAACUGCCCGAACUGGGUCCUCUUCAAGUUGCACCAAACCCUGGAGAAGGCACUGGUGGCUGCUGUGCUUUGCCAUGGUGAGGCCCUUGAGGCGCCAGUGGGGCUGGUGGAGCUAGCCCAAUGGCUGGAGGUGGUGGAGCCAAAGCUCGAGGGCUUGGCAGAGGAGGUGAAGUGGUUGCGUGGCUGCGGUGUGGACGACAAGGCCACACAGUACCCAAGUUACCACCCCUUCCCCAUCACCCCUAGCGAGGCCUUCCAUGGUAUGGAUGCGAAGAAGGUGCUGAAGCAGGCACAAGGAGUGCUGGGGAGGCUGCAGGACCACGUGGGUGGACUGUGAGCACGUUCCUACAAAAGGGACACUGGCAGCUGGGCCACGAGAGCACCAUGGCUCCAGCUGGGACUUGCCACAGACCUGCCAUGGACUCGCCACAGACCUGCCAGAGGCAAUUCAAGCCUGUAGGAAGGGUCUGGGGUCAGACAGGGGUCCUAGGCCACUGAAGGUGACAGGGCAGCAUGUUCUGUUGCAUGCCUUGAGGGUCGGGGAAAUAAAGUACAAUAAUAAAUAUUGCAGUGCUGGUGGAUCCUUCAGUAACAGUGCAGUCAGGGGCAUGGAGAGGUCAUGGACAACUGGUGGGUAUCUUCUCCACCCUUAACCUUCUUGGGCUGCAGGUGGGUGUCUGCUCCACCUUAACCUCCUUGGGCUGCAGGAUCACAGCUUGCUUCACCACGGUCUUCUCAAUGGGCCACAGGGGAAUCUCUGCUCUGGCACCUGGCAUACCAUCUCCCCUUCCGUCUUCUCUGACCUUGGGUCUGCAGAGUUGUUCCUCUUACAUGUUCCCACUACUCCUGCCCAGCUGCUGCUGCACAGCAGUUUUUACUCCUUCUUAAAUACUUUAUCCCAGAGCUACCAACAUUGCCGAUGAGCUCGGCCCUGGUCAGCGGUGGGUCCAUCUUGAAGCUGGUUAAAAUUGUCUCUGGUCAACGUGGGGACAGCUACUGGUGUCUUCUCAACACAAGCCACCCCUGCAGCCCUGCCACUUCCUAAACAAGGCCACAUAAACCCAACACAAAGAUGAUGAGAUGGUGUCAAAAGGAGAACGGGGGACUCAAGAGGGCACAAGGCAGGUGAAGUAACAGGAAAAGCUCCAAGUUUCAAUGGGUUGGAGUAAUUGCCAUAGUCCCAGAGGUCAUCACCAAAGUCCA